ACCUUCACCUUGGCGACUUAAAUUCAAUGGAGCUGACUGAUAUUUACUCCUCGGAGCUGGUAGAGCUACCAUUUCAUUAUGUUCAGAACAUCGCAGAACUUUUUGAAAUUAAAACAAAAAAGAACUCCAUUGUGCGUGGCAAACGUAGACGUUUUCGGAGACAAAUGACAACUCCAAGAAAUAAAGAUGAGGAAAAAAAUACUGACAAGCCAGUGAGGAAAAGACCCAACUAUUUUGUGUCCAUCCCCAUAAAGGAUAAGCAGAUUUUAGAAAAAAUUGGAGACAUUCAAAAGAUGAUGAUAUCAAAGGAAAAAGUGCUAAAAAAGGCAUUAAUUUCGGCAGAGAAGCUACAUCUAACCAUCUUAGUGGCAAAUCUGAAGAAUGAAGAUGAUGUCAAAAGGGCAUCAUGUGCUCUUCUGCAGUGCAGAGGUCAAGUUGAAGAAAUCCUGAAGGGUCGUUUGCCACAAAUGACAUUUCAUGGAAUUGGCCAUUUUCACAGUAAAGUGCUAUAUGUCAAAAUGACAGACACAGAACAGCCAACACUCCACGAAGUGUCAGAGGCAGUAAAGAGGAGUUUUGAAAAUCUGGACAUUGAUAUCUCUGGCAGCAAAGAAUUUAAGCCUCAUCUGACUAUAUUGAAGCUCUCUAAAGUCCCAGCACUGAAGAAAAGGAGAUUAAAGGCUGCACUCUACAAAGAAUAUGAAGAAGUGGCUUUUGGUACAGAGUUAUUCAAUCGCAUUGAUCUCUGCUCUAUGCACAAAAAGGAGGCUUCGGGAGCAUAUGUGUGUAAUGGCUCUCUACUUCUAGAUUUCAGCAGUAACACCAGUGUUGAUGCAACUUCGGACUCUGUGCAAACCUCUACUCUACAUGCCAGCACUGCUGAGGUGACUGACACUACCAAUCAACUGGAUCUUAAUGGUAAGGAACUUCUGGACACAUCUGAUGAGGACCUGAAAGUUGUGAACAGUUUCUCACCUUAUUGCACCACAGCUGAAAAUGAAGACUCUCCUGAAAAGGCAAAAGCUGUUGGUAGCAGAGUGCAUGAUGUAAAAAAUAAAAACACAGAUUCAGAAGGUGUUGUAAGUGAAACAGAUGAUGCAGAAAAUAAAAGCUUAUGCUGUGCCUCAAAUGGGUCAUCUUCCAAAGUGGAAAUUGAAAGGAAGAUGGACAAUGAAGACAUUAUAAACCCUGACUCCUUCUCUGUCUCAAAUGAGUUUCUUGCCAAAGUGGAAGCUAUGGAUAGCAAGGUAGAUGAUGCAGAAAAUAAAAACUGGGACUCCUUAUGCUCCAUCUCCUUUGACUCGCUUGCCAGAACAGAAGUUAAUGAAAGAAAGGUGGUAAACGCAGAAGAUACAAAUUUGGAUUCUCUGUGUUCUGUCUCAGAUUUAUCACUCUCCAAAGGGGAAACUGGUGAGAAGAUACAUGAGGCACAAGAACUGGGCUCCUUAUGUUUGGUUUCUUGUGAGUUGCAUUCCAACGUGGAAGUCGAUGUUAGUAAGGUAGACAAUGCAGAAGGUGUAAAAUGUGACUCCUGCUCUGUCUCAGAUAAGUCACUUGCCAAAGAGGACGUUAUUGAAAGCAGGAUAGACAAAGAAAAUGAAAACCUGGACCAUUCUUGCUCUGUCUUACACCAGUCACCUUCAAAAGCAGAAACUGAUGACAAGAAGAUCGACAAUGCAGUAAAACUGGAAUCCUUAUGCUCUGUGUCAUGUGAUUCCCAUUCCAAGUUGGAACUUGAUGGUAGGAAUGUGAAUGAAGCAAAACAUAAAAAUUUGGAGUAUAAAGAGUCAAUCUUACAUGGGUCACUUGCCAAAGUGGAACUACAUGAUAAGAAUGUGGAUGAUGCAGGAAAUUUGUAAAUGCUAUCUGCAGUGGUUCUUAAAUUAGUCAUUUAAAAGCAUUGGCAGUGGGCAGCUUAGAUGAUACACACAAAAAUCCUGGAUUGCUUUAAUGGUUUACCUUAAAUGGACCACUUGCCAAAUCAGAAGCGAAUAUUUAGAAAGAAAGAUGUUGCAAAAUAUUAACAUUGCAAUUUAUGUAAAAAUUGAGCUUUGUUAAACAAGCCAGAAAACUGAAAGCAUUUUCAGAAAUGUGAACAGUUUGUUUAAUUUGGGGAUUUUACAAAACCCUUAUGUUUACUGAAAUAAUUCAACAAGCUGUCUUGGCUCAGCUAAAAAAAAAGCAACUAUUUAAAGGAACAUAAAAUGUUAGUUAACAUAUCUGCAGUUUGACUAGAUGUCUUGUACAAGGCAUGCCACAAACAUUUUUUGUAUUUUGUUUAAUGCUAUGGUGAAAUUACAACUAAUGUUGGUUAAUUCACAUAAAGCUGAUUUAGUUUUAAAGGAAUAAAUUGGAGUGUAGAGCAGCAGUUUUCAGAGUGUGAGAUUACUGCACUAUCUGAUCAACUUGACGAUUGAGUUUAUCUAAGAAUACUUUGUUUUUUCUCUUUUGAUUUCAUUGAACUAAAAAAUAUCUUUAUGACAUGUCAGUCUUUGAAAAUAGAAGCUGGAACUGGAGAAACUUCAAAAUAUAUUUAAUUUGAACAAGAACUGCAUUCACUUGAGUGUCUUGAAUUAAAGCACUGUAUUUCAUUUUUUGUGUGAUGUACUAUAUUUUCAUCCUUAUUUUGCAAACAAGCAUGGCAUCAAAUGAAAGGCUUGGAGGAAUAUUGCAUAACUCCAUUGGCUCUAGAGGGUGCAAUGUGAUGUAUGGCAUUUCCUGCAGAUGGCAGUAAAAGGACAGCUUUUUAUGUAACUGUAGCAAGAUUGCUAUUUAG